AUGGUGUGUACACCUAAUAAGAGCUCAUCUUCUUCUGAUAAGUUCACAAGAAUGAAGCAAAAGUAUCUAAUCAAAAAGUGCAACCUGAAGGCCAUGUCGAUCUCCAAUGACCUGUGCGAAUGUAAGGGGGUGUCCCGAGGAACCGUGUCGACCGCGGGAGAUCGCGAGGUAGUGCGUCUCCGUGACACUAUGCCGGAGAAGCUGACGACGUUCUGCAAUGCACACCUAUCCAUCCUUCUCGAGAUGGACGACAACAAGCUCGACAAGAUCGUCCGAAAGCCAGUCACCGACCUUAACGCCAACAAGAAGAAGGCCACCACACUAUUCUCCAAGAAGAAAGAGCGUAGCGCUACCCUGGCCCCGUUGUCAAAGAACCUAGUGUUUGCCAUGUGCAAGCUUGUAGACUAUCUCUCUCGACCAGAAUUCAUCGAGACCGAGGGCAUCUUCCGCAAGACCGGCAACGUGUCGCGACAGAGGCUUCUCAAGGAGUUGGUCCUUGGGGGUACCGGGGACUUCCACCUGGACGACAAAACGUUCUCGCCUCACGACGUGGCCACCGUCCUCAAGCAGAUCCUAUCUGAGCUGCCCGACCCUCUCCUCACUCACAAACACUACGAAUCUCACAUCAAGAUAGCUGACAUGAGCAAGUUGUGUCUUACGGCGCGAGAGAAGAAGCACGCACUAGAGAAGCAGGUCAAGUCCCUUCAGCUACUGAUGUUGAUGCUGCCCCGGGAGAACGCAGCCUUCCUCGAGACCCUCUUCAAGCUGUUGAGCCGAACCACACGCUGUCCGGAGAACAAAAUGGCCGCCACAUCCCUCGGUGUCGUAUUUGCGCCCAGCCUCAUCUGUCCCCGAAAGCUUUCCGCUGAGGGCCUCCAAAGCGUCUCUGGAACCCUGAGCAAAGUCGUCACACUGAUGAUCGAGAAUAUGGAGUCAAUCUUCAAAGUCCCUUGUGAGAUUGCAGCCGACGUAGCGAAUUUCUGGCAGGAGAUGGAAGACCCGAGCAUGGAGCUGCUCACUGCACAGGCCUGCAACGAGAAGAAGGCUAAGAACGGCAGCUCGAGCGCCAUGAAAACUGUCAACACGUUCGCGGAGAGAAAGUCACCCGAGGAAUACACAUUCGUCGAGGAAACACAGACCGCCCUGGCUCAACCGAUUGCCCGUGUCCAGCCUGCGAAGAAACUUCUUAAACAGUUAAAUCGUGCCACCAACGUGCAAUGCAACACAAAGAAGGGAAAGCAUUCGCGCAGUAGGUCCUUUGGCGAAUCACUAAAGAAGCACUUCCCCCUGCUGUCGAAGAGCAUGUUACGUAACCUGAGCGACAACGAUAAAUUGCUAUUGAGCGUGGCUACCCCCGUCACCAACGAUACUAGCUUCGCCAACAUCACCUACUUAAAUACCACAUGCAAUAAAUACACACCAUUCAUCCGUAACAGUGCAGCUGUUCACAUCGUCGACCUGAGUGCCUCUCCAUGUGACGUAGAGCCCCAGUGA